AUGCCUAAAGGUAAAAAGAAAGAAGUUUCGAGGAAUCUACCGACCAUGCCCGUGAGUUCCGCAAUGGACCUAGACGAUGAUCCUCCAGACUUUUUGCCUGAAGCCCCGGUUUUCACAAAGGUAGCAACCGACGACGCUGCUUAUAAAACUUGGGUAUGCUUAUACCCUGUCUACUUUGAUUCGAAAAAAACUGUUCAACAAGGAAGGAAAGUUAGAGCAGACAUUGCCGUACCAAAUCCCUUAGCGGUGGACAUUGCUGAAUCUGUGAAAACUUUGGGUGUAUCUUGUGUGUUUGAGCCACGUAAAACCCAUCCUACGGAUUGGAAAAAUCCCGGAAGGGUACGUGCACGAUUAUUUACUGAACUCAAGAAACCUUCUAUGGAUGACAUCCCUACGCGAAAAGAAUUGAUCAAACGUGUGGCGGAAUUAUUGCCCGAAAUUCAAAAAAAAAAUCCUCAGCAAUUCCCGCCACCUCAUUCCCCUGCUAUCUCUAAUGGGGCAUCGAAAGAAACAAAAACUCCUGAUGCUGGAGCAACGUCUAGUUCAUCUCCUUCAUCUUCAACAAGUGGACCAACCCCUGUAGGUGGUGGUUCGGGGUCUUCGACAUCCUCAAAGAAGAAGGGCAGAAAAGGUCGAAAAUAA